GACGGGGGGGCGUGCUAAAAGUAGAGAGGGAAUGAAAAAGGAAACCGGGACAACCGGCGGCGGACAAAAACGGCGGGGCAAAAUUCACGCUGGAUAAUGUUGUCCUCUCUGUGAAGUUUCCUUCCUCUAAUUCAACCAUACAAGUGUUCGUUGAAAGCUCCUAUUGCGCUAUUCCUUCGUAUCCGUUCAACAAAUUUCUCUUAACAAAGUUUUUCCUUUGAUUUCAUCGGAAAAGAUUUUCCCUUUUUCAAGUAAAAACCCAGUUGUUUUCUGGUUUUCCUUCUUUCAUUCCACGCUCCCCUCUUUGCUUUUUUUUUUUUGGGGGUUUUUGGAUCUUUGGCGAGAAGAGAAGAAGAAGAUGGUAUUGGAGAAGCGGCGGGUGGUGCUGGGUUUGGUGUGAAAAAUGAGAGGUUUCCGUGGCAUGGAAUUUGGCGUUAUGAAUUUUCCAGGUUCAUUGCCUCAAAACGCCGUCGCCGUCGAAUGCCGAUUCCGUUCGCGAUCGGCAUUCGAUUCGUUCUCCAUUGCCUCCGAAACGUUCUCGGAACAACGUCUUCGUUUCCUUCUCAUCAGGGUCAUCCCGGCGAUUGCUUUGAUCGCUGUUGGGUUCUUAGCAGGUAUGGAUUCUGGGUCUGAACUCGUAAUGCUUGCAAAAAACGAAACUUUGGGUGGAUAUAAGACUCCUCCGGCACCGGAGCUGGACCCUGAUACAGGAGUCGUGGAAAAAGAUCCAACCGGUCGCUAUGUACGGUAUAAUGAAGUCUUGGGCAGGGGUGCCUUUAAGACUGUUUAUAGAGCAUUUGAUGAAGUUGAUGGAAUAGAAGUUGCUUGGAACCGAGUAAAGAUUGAUGAUGUCUUGCAGUCACCAGAAGAUUUGGAAAAAAUGUAUUCUGAAGUUCAUCUCUUAAGAUCAGUCAAACAUGAAAAUGUCAUCAAAUUCUACACUUCCUGGAUAGAUGAUAAGAAGAAAACAGUUAACAUGAUUACUGAACUAUUCACAUCUGGAAGUCUGAGGAUCUAUCGUAAGAAGCAUAAAAACGUUGAUAUGAAGGCCAUAAAGAACUGGGCAAGACAGAUUCUUCGAGGUUUAGUGUAUCUCCACAGUCAGACCCCACCAAUUAUUCAUCGAGACUUAAAGUGUGACAAUAUCUUUGUUAAUGGAAAUAAUGGAGAAGUUAAAAUUGGGGACCUUGGGUUGGCAAUUGUCAUGCAGCAGCCUACUGCUCGGAGUGUUAUAGGAACUCCUGAAUUUAUGGCUCCAGAGCUUUAUGAAGAGGAAUAUAAUGAACUUGUCGAUGUCUAUUCUUUUGGAUUGUGCAUGUUAGAGAUGGUCACCUGUGAAUAUCCAUACAAUGAGUGCAAAAACCCAGCUCAAAUUUAUAAGAAGGUUAUAUCUGGUAUUAAACCUGCUUCUGUGGCUAAGGUGGGUGAUCCACAAAUAAAGGAGUUCAUCAACAAAUGUCUGCUCCCAGCAUCUGAGAGAUCGACUGCAAAGGAGCUCCUGAAUGACCCUUUCCUUCAAUUAGAGAGUCCAAAGGAACUUAUUCAUGAUUCAUUAAAGCUACCUAACAUAAUUCCCAAAUCAACAAAUUUACCUGUAUCUGGGCCCUUGUCCAUGGACAUAGAUACUGACAAUAAGCAGCUUUCUUUAAGCACACAUACUGAAAGUACCAAUGGGAGUCCACACUCUCCAGUUUUAGAGCUUCAAAGGACACAUAAGAACAAUGAAUUUGGGUUGAAAGGGAAGAAAAAUGAUGACAACUCUGUAUCAUUGACUUUGCGAAUUGCUGAUUCAUGCGGUCGAGUAAGAAACAUACAUUUUCUCUUUUACCUUGACACUGAUACUGCACUAUCAGUGGCAGCUGAGAUGGUUGAACAACUAGCGUUGGCAGAGCAUGAUGUGGCCUUCAUAGCUGAGUUAAUUGAUUACUUGAUAAUGCAUCUUUUACCUGGUUGGAAGCCCUCUGAUUAUUCCUUGGGUGAAGCAAUUAGCCCCACUGCUGAGUGCCCACCAUUUGUAAACUGCCAGAGUUUUUCGGCAAACGAAUGGGAUUCAGUGCUAGAUGUGGUUAAGGAAGAUGUUACCUCUGGACUAGAUACAAACAUUAAAGAUGGUGGGGUGCAUACGCAAAAUGAUUCUCACGGUGGUAACCAUUCAGCUCCAAGUUUGACCAAUAUGGACAAUCAUGAGUCUCAAGCAUCAGUUUUUUCAGAUAUCUUGGUUGAGGAUGCUUCCUCAAAAAACCAUAAGGUAUGUGAACCCACUUAUUGCAAUACUGAUGGAAGUUGCAAAUGCUUAAGUGGAUAUAAUUCUGAACUAGAACUUGGGUAUUCAUAUUUUGAUGAGUUCAACUCAAGAAGAAAUUACAGCAAUGCUGAAAGAUUCAUGCUGUUAAAUGAAUUUGCUAAGAAUACAGAGGUAUCGUUCCCCAAUUCGAAUAAGGUAUCAAAUAUUAUGAGCUUGAACAGCAGCUGCUUAUCUCUGUCCCUGAUGGACAGAGAUCUGGAUGAUGAGUUAAAGCUAGAACUUGAUGGGAUUGAGGCACAAUACCAGCAUUGGUUUCAGGAGCUCUCUAGGAUGAGGGAGGAGGCACUGGAGACGACCAAAAAGAGAUGGAUAGCAAAGAAGAAAUUGGCUGUUCAAUGACACAUCAUUUCUUCCUACUGUUUAUUUGAUAGCUGGCUAUGAUUUUCAUUUUUCCUUUUAAGGUUUUCCCUAAAUAUCACCUGAAGCCUCCUUUAGCGGAUGCGGCACCCCCUUUUUUUUUUUUUAAUCUCUGGAAGUCGUGAUCCUUUUGAAUUGAAUUUUGUGUGUUGGGAACUAAUUCUUUUGUUUACCUUUCCUUGGGGUACUUUUGUAUAUAAUUUUCUGUAGUUGCAGACAUUCCAUUCUUAUCGAGCAUUUGUGAUUCUA